AUGAAGCCACGUGUUGUUCCUGUUUUUUCUAUUAUUGGCGGUAAACGACAUUCCUCCAAUGUACCAGGAGGAAAGGGUCCUUUACAUAUCCAUAUCGGAACUACCGCACCGGUCCCUACCGUGCUUCAUGUUCAUCGAGAAUCUCGAGAGUUCGCACAGAAGCGAUACAAAUUAGCUUUUGGGCUGGACCACGACCCUAACAAUGGUCAUAUCUAUUUUGAUUUUAAAAGAGAUAUCCUUUACAUUCAUUCCGGCGAUACCAGAAUUUUGGCUCCGCGCUUCAACCAUUGGUGUUGCGAAGAAGAGCGGAUGCAAGUCCAAAGACUUGCUAUACAAGCGCCGAUAAAAGCCCACGAUGAUAUAGAUCCACUCGGUCCUUAUCCUGCUCUGAGAACACUGGAUAUUGUCCUCCGAAACUUUCACGAUCCCAUACCUAAUAUCCGAAAAGCUUUCGAGAAGCCUAUAACGCAUGCCGAAAUGGCUGACCUGGCUUUAUUGACUCCAUUGUUUGACGACGCGACAGAUGCUACUAGAUCCACCAUGCGCCAUGGAGAUACAGCGGUUAAGCGAUAUCGACAACGAUUUGAGUUUUGCGGCGAGCAGGAUAAAUUGGGAGACGAUAGAUCUUUGGAUGAAUGCUUACAAUAUCUGGGGCCCUUUCAGAAGUUGCCACCAGAUAGUCGAGAGCCUUUAUAUCCGAAGAAGGAAGAUGUUACGAUUGGAAUCAAGGUCAUAGGAUGGUACAGUACCAGACGGGCUGUGUUGAAGAUGGCUGAGGGGAGUGACCGAGAGCAGUUUGCUGAUGUUGUUGAUGAGAAUGGCCGAAAAUUAAAGAAGGAAGUUUCUGAGGACGAGACCGAAGGUCUUCCAGUCGCUGAUGCUACCAAGGACGAAGAAGCUACAUUGUAG